UAUUUUAUCUUAUGACGUUCUUCAUAUUCUAAACAGAAACUAACAUACAGAAACACCCCCCAAAUCUUAUUUAUUCAUCAUUUUUCGACGUUUCAAGAUCUCCUCUGUCCAAAAAUGUAAAAAUGUCUAAAGGCUGAACGAGUUGCUUAAGUAAAUCCUAAACAAUAUUCAAAAGUUUCUGAAAAAUCUAAAAAAAGAGCUUCACACACUCACUGAAUGUGUUUCAGUUCAAAUAAAUUCCAUCAUGUCAGAACUUUAUGGAUCGUCUGACAACGAAAAUGGUGCACUCGAUCAAAUACUGGAUACAGACGAAUUAGGUAUGAUUUAUUCUACAAUAUAGAUAAUAAAUACAGUAUAACCUGUGACCUUUAGUCCGUUGUUAAGUGAAGCUCGGCAUGUGUGGAAAAAAGAACCUGUUAAGAUCUGACGAUAUUUCUGGCUCAUUAUUUAAUAUAGGAUCAAUACAACUGCAUAAGUAAACCAUAAUUAUUACUAUUUCUAAUUUAGCAGAAAACUAACUUAAUUAAGUAUUUAUCAAUAAUUCAUACUUCGGUUUAGAGCAGAAUCCUUCGUUUCCGGCAGCCAUUAUGAUUUACGAACUGCCGAAGCGAUUUACAUUAACAAAAAUCUUUCUGUUUAUAAUCUAUGUAAUGAAUCACUUAUCUAAAUUAUUGUUACAGCCAGAAUUUUACAUGUAACUGCGGAAAUAUCUUUAAUUUAUUCAUUCUGGACAUUUUUUGAUAUCUUCAUAUUCGAAAUUUACAGGUUUUACUGUAUAUAUGAUAUUUAUUUUGCUACAUUUUAUAGUAGUAUAUAUAAUCAUUUAAACAAGUGUUUUUUAUCUAACAACCGAGACUUUUUUCACAAACAUUUGAUAGUAAUAAAAAACGACUGAAGAAACUUUACCAAACAGAAAACAGUUAUAUGAGGUCUUUCUUAUGGGAGAAUAAGAGUAGAGAUUUUCCUCUAAAGGAUUAUUACAUUAACUUAAAACUGCAGGAAACAGAUAAUUUUGGUAGUCCAAUCGGUGAAAUUCUUGAUAUCAAGGAUAUAUUCAGAGAAGUGGAUGAUGGACAUACGAGCAUUCUUGUAUGUGGGGAUCCUGGUUAUGGCAAAACUACAUUGUGCAAGAAGAUUGCCUACGAUUGGGCUGUCGAUGAUCCCUCAAACAAUUACUUAAGUCAUUUCGACAUUGUUGCAUUGUUAACACUAACGGAACUUGAAAGUGAUAAGAAAUUGGAAGAUGCUGUUCUAGAAGAUAUUUUUGAAACUUCAGAACCAGAAAUGAAAAAAAAAUUACGGAGGGAAAAUUCAAAUGUCUUAAUUAUUUUAGAUGAAUACGAUGGUAUUAAUAGUUUUGAUAGAACCAAAAAUUUCUUAAGAAAGGGUUCGUUUGGUAUUUUUCUAAAGUUGACCAUUAUUGUGACGAGUCGUCUUCAUCCUGCCGAAGGAAUAAGAGAAUACAUGAAUUUUCGAUUUCAUCUUCAAGAAUUUUCAUCCGAACAGAAGGAAGAAUACGCGAAGUUGGUGCUUAAACAAAAUAUUGAUAAAACACAACCACUUCUUAAAAUAUUAGAAAACGAAUUUUAUAUUUCUUUGUCUAAAAGUCCGUUAUUUUUGCACAUGCUUUGUUGUUUUCAUAAUACAUUAGGAGAUAUACGAAGAUACAAGACAGAUAUGUAUAUUUAUAUAAUGCAAUUGAUUACAAACAGAUCAAAGAGAAAACUCGAGAUAAAUCCAAGUGUUUUGAUAGGAAAGUAUUUUGCUUUGGAAGAUAUUUUAGUUAAAUUAGGAAAUUUAAUUUACGAGAAAAAUACCAAUAAAAAAGCGCUAUUCUAUCCCUUCGAUAAGAAACAAAAAUUUACAUCCGACGAUUUAAAUAAGUAUUUCAGUGACCUUAAUCAGAUUUUUGGUCACGGUUUAGAUUUUCUUUCUUACAGCUUUGACAAUCACAAUAAUUUUUACUUCGAUUUCGUGCACGAGAGCAUCAAAGAAUUUCUGGUUGUCCUGUAUUUGUAUAAGAACCCUGAAGUACCUUUCCUGAAUGUCACUAAAUUAUUUGCUAUAUCACGUGAUAUAGAGUUUAGAAUUCAUCAUAAUUUUAUUACGUUUUAUUUUGGUUUAUUUAGAAAGGAAAAUAUUCCAGAAACUUGCUUCAAUAAUUUAGAAAAAGUUGUUUUUUCGUUGGACGUUUCGAUACUGAUAUACAACGAAAUCUUCAAUGAAGAAGACAAGAAAAGAUUUUCGAACACAAUUAAAACGUGCGAAAACUCUUACAAUCCACGUAUCGACUAUUCUGUUUGGGAUAUUCCCCCAAAGUUUUCACAAAUAUACUUAAUUAUUGACAUUUACGAGUCUACCGACGUUACGUUACAAAAACUGAAAAGACUUGACAACAGAGUUCGGCAUUCCUCUCAAGUGGAAAUAUUUAUAUUUAUGGGAAUAACGGAAGAGUUUCUUCGACCGAAAGAUCUAAAAGCAUUGAAAAAUGAUUGGAAAAAGAUGGAGAACAUACGGAAUAUAUUGAGUAAAAGCAAGUGGAACAAAUUUAAAAUAUUUUUAUGUGGAAUAUAUCAGGUUCCUUUAAUUAUUCGACGUCGAAUUACAGAGGGAAGUCGAGUGAUUACAUUUCCUGCGUAUUUUCUUAAAGCUUUCAGUUGUGUCGAAAAUGCUGCACAAAUAUUGGUUGAUGAUUCAAAAAAAUUAUCUUACGAGUUGGUUAGGUUAAAAUUUACUACAGAAGAUGACACCGAAGGUAAUUUUUUACUUUUAUACAAGGAUCUGUUUGAAAGUUUGCAGCCUUAUAUCAAGUUAUUUCCAGAUUUAUAACUGCAUACAUUGGAAAAUAAUGAUACUAAAUGAUCCUUUCAAUGCAUUUGUCUGCAGUGUAGCAAACGUAAUGAGAAAUGCAAGUUGCAUUAUAUAAAUGACCUUUCAGUCAAUAGAAUGUUAUUAAUUAAUUGAUAUUUAUUAUAAAAGUAUUAUUGACGUGAAAAUUUAUUGCGUGAGGAUAUAAAAGUCAGCAAUCUUUCACCAACUUACAUUUAUAUAUAGAUUAGUGGUGUAGAUAUCUUGUAUGUUCAAAAAUAUUUGGUAUCUUAGUUGCUUGUCAGAAGAUAGCAGGUAUUCAGUAGAAUACUUAUUCAACGUAAAGAAAUACACUCACAACUUAAGCAUGAAAAUAUCAAUUUUGAGUAUAAUGUUUUCAUAUAAAGUAUUAAUUUCGGUGAACUUUAAAUAAUUUAAAUGCAAGAAGGCCUUGGUAUAUGUUAACUAAUCAUAAACUGCUGUAUCUUAUAACAAUUGCUUUGUGUUAAAUUCUAGAAUAUU